AUGAGCAUGGACGUAGCAGGUGCAGAGGCACCUGUCAAGGGGAAAUUCCUUGGUAUACUUGUCUGCUGGCUUUUGGGAAAUGGAAGCCUUUUCGCGUGGAACAGUAUGCUCACCAUUGAAGAUUACUACUCCCAUCUCUUCCCGAAUUACCACCCAACAAGAGUACUCACGCUAUCCUACCAGCCUUUUGCCUUUGGAAUAACCCUCAUCAUGACAUACUAUGAAGCAAAGAUGAACACAAGAUUGAGAAAUCUUGCAGGAUUUUCCCUUUUCUUCCUCGGUUCCUUUGCAUUGAUAAUUCUGGAUGUUGCAACUAAAGGACAUGGUGGGCUUGGAAUUUUCAUUGGUGUAUGCAUAAUUAGCGCCAUAUUUGGGACAGCUGAUGCUAAUUGUCAAGGCGCAUUGGUUGGCGACCUUUCUUUAAUGUGCCCAGAGUUCAUUCAGUCCUUCAUGGCAGGCUUAGCUGCAUCAGGGGUUCUCACAUCAGCUUUGAGAUUAAUUACCAAGGCAGCUUUUGAGAGCUCAAAAGAUGGUCUUCGCAUUGGAGCUAUACUGUUCUUUUCAAUCACAUGCCUGUUCGAGCUGGUGUGCCUCCUGCUAUACACGUUCGUCUUCGCCAAACUACCCAUCGUGAAGUACUACCGUGCAAAGGCAGCCGCUGAAGGUAGCAAGACUGUUGCCAGCGACCUUGCUGCUGCAGGGAUCAUCGCUGAACAACACGGACAAAUCGAGGAGGAUCCACAGAAAUACAAGCGUCUGACCACUAAAGAGCUGCUCAUGCAGAACAUCGACUACGCGAUCGAUAUCUACCUGAUAUACGUCCUGACGCUGUCAAUCUUCCCAGGAUUUUUGUCUGAAGACACUGGAGAACACAACCUAGGAUCAUGGUACGCACUUGUGCUGAUUGCCAUGUACAAUGUGUGGGACCUGAUCGGGAGGUACGUGCCGCUGAUCCCGUGCUUGAAGCUAACCUCCCGGAAGGUCAUGAUGGCGGCUGUCUUGGCACGGUUCCUGUUCAUCCCGGCGUUCUACUUCACGGCCAAAUACGGCGACCAGGGGUACAUGAUCCUCCUAACCUCCUUCCUGGGGCUCACCAACGGGUACCUCACCGUGUGUGUGCUCAUGGAGGCGCCCAACGGCUACAAUGGCCCCGAGCAGAACGCGCUGGGCAACGUGCUCAUCGUCUGCCUCCUCGGCGGCCUCUUCUCAGGCGUCGUGCUCGACUGGCUCUGGCUCAUUGGCAAGGGCUGGUGA